UUUGGUCGGAAGAUUUUCCAUUUUGCUCCGUUUUGGUCUAGUUAGGCAAGGUUACAUGGAUGAUGAAGACGGAGAGAGACGUGUUCGUGCGAAGCAAGCAGGUGACAGAGUCGAGGAAGUAGAUCGGCUGAGAAACUUGCCAGAUUGCUUGCUCUUUCAGAUUCUCUUGAAACUUCCCACGAAGGAUGUGGUUAAGUGUAGUGUCUUAUCCCGUCGAUGGAGAAACAUCUGGAGAUAUGUACCUGGCUUGGACUUCGAGUGUCGUGAUUUCAUGGCGAGUGAGUAUUAUGAUCCCUCUGAAUUCAUCACUAUGUUAGGUUUCGUUUAUAGGUUUCUGGGUUUCAACAAUGAGUCGUGCUUAGAGAAGUUUAAAUUAACGGUUAAUUGGUAUGAGGGCGUUGUGCUUGGUACUGCUCAUUUCACCCAGUGGAUCAACACUGUUGUUGAGAGGAAAGUUCAACAUCUCCAUAUCUUAGACAAAACUUGGGGGAUGGAUGAAGUGGUGAUACCGCGAACAGUUUACUGGUGUGAGAGCUUGGUAUCUUUAACUCUCUGUGACGUAUACUUGCUUAAUCCCCCCGAGCUUGUGUCUUUACCUUCUCUCAAAGUUAUCGUUCUAGAUGCAGUUAUGUUUGACAACGAUUUGGUUUUCGAAAUGCUGAUCUCAGGCUGCCCUGUUCUUGAAAGCUUAACUGUAAACAACGGCAAUUUAAAAUAUCUUCAAGUGUGUUCUCAGUCUCUAUUGACCUUCACUCAUGUUGAGGACGAGGGUUAUAUGACAGUUGCAAUUGAUGCUCCUAGGCUUGAGUAUCUGAGGCUCAGUGAUAAGGGACUUGAAAGUUUAAUAAUCGAAUGUCAUGGUUCACUUGUUAAGGCAGAUAUCGAUACUGUGUUUGACUUCAGUUUAAAAAAUGAGUUCGAUCCAAAUGAUCUACCAACGACACAUAUGAUCCGUGAUUUCCUUGUCGGGAUAUCUUGUGUUAAAGAUAUGAUCAUCUCUUCGAGUACUCUUGAGGUCAUAUAUGACUACUCAAGAUGUGAAAAACUACCCUUAUUCUGUAAUAUAUCUUUCUUGCGAGUCGAAUUCACCGACGACAGGUGGGAAAUGUUGCCAAUCUUUCUUGAGAGCUGCCCGAAUCUAAAAUCUCUUGUCUUGGAAUUUUGUACUUGUCCAGAGGAGGAGAAAGUUGUUAUCUUACCAGGACCUCGUAGGUUUCUAACAUCUCUCGAGUAUGUUAAGAUUGUGAAGUCGGACUCAGAGGAGGAGGAGGAGGCGACAGAGAUAAACCUGGAACUAGUGAGUUACUUACUAGAGAACUCAGCAAUCCUCAAGAAGCUCACACUAUGCUUAGGUUACUUGAGACGUAGGGAAGAAUCAGUCAUCCUUAGGAAACUCCUUACCAUUCCAAGACUCUCUACCUCAUGCCAAGUUUUCGUCCUCUGAUCCUCACAAAGUCUUUA